UUGUAUUGCUAGAAUUUCACCCAAUGACGGAUCACUGCUUGGAUGGAUACUGUUACCAAAAUUAAGGUCAUUGUUUCUUGUAACAUGUCAUUGUUUAGAAUAAACCGUCGUGUUAUACCAUGAUACUCUUACUUCUUCUUUUCUAACUAACAUGCUGAAAUCUGGACAUGGGGUGAGCUGAGAUUUGAAGUUCACAAAUUUUGUCUCCCUUAAUAAGUCAUUUUUAAAACUCAUUUUCCCUUGCCUUAAUCUUGUCUGCAAUGUAGGGUAUUGAUGUCUUGAACGGCAUAGUGACAAGCAACGCCUAUUUGGUAAUAAAUCUCGCUAUGCAUGCGUUUUCGAGUGGUGUUGACUAUUUUGCUGACAAGGAGGAUGUUAGCUAUUGUGAUUUAGUGCCACCAGCUGAACCCCUUUUAAGUAUAAUGAAGGAAAUACCACCGCUGAGAUAAGGGUGUUCAAUGGAGAAGAUGCAAACUGCACGACCCUAGGAACGUGAGGCAAAGAGACGAAAGUUUGGCGCUCUUGUUCCAGAGGACCAGUUUCUAGCUCAAAAUCCGGUAAUGUUUUUGUUUUCCUUCCUUGUGACUAGACUCGUGUAUCUAACUAGCAGUAAUACAUUUUCAGGGUCCCUUUAGGAUCAUGAUCAGAGUUUCUGGUGCAGACGACUAUGUGGAGUCUUUGAAAUCACGGUGGACUCGUUAUCACACAGACAGAUGUUAAGUGGAAAGCUGGGGUUUUAGAGGACAACAAGUCAUUGCACAUUACAAUGUUGGAGCAGGAGAAAUUCUAACAGUGUCUUGGUGACAAGGUUUUUGUGCACAUUAGCAAUAGUCCGGUCAUUCUUUAAUGCAAACCAUAAUCUAUAUUCAUCCCAAAAUCUCAGAAUCCAAAGCGCAAGAGAAUCAAACGUUUCAUCAUCUUAUAUCUACAACGGCCUUUAGCAGAAGAGUGUAAUUGAAGGUCCAUGACCCAAGUUGCAGUAUCCAUAUCACAAUUUGAGGUCCAAAAAAAGAAAAAAAAAAUAAUAAUUCUAUAAAAGAACCAAAAAACAAAGAUACUAGGAGGAUUUGUCAUAGUGAAUAGUGAUGUGACACGUAGAGAAAGCCCAUAUGGCAUCAUCAGCCUCAUAAAUGGGUGUAACUUGUAAGGAACUUGUUGCGUUCGUUUCUGGUUUGGAGCCUAACUUUUUGUUUCUUUGUCUUUCACCAUCGCUGUUUCUGUGAUUUUAC